AUGGCCGAGGUGCCUGUCACUCAGAGUAACACCGUCGAGCUUCCUGAUUCCACCCGAGUUGUCGAGCAGAACAGAGGAUCGGGAGAUGUUGGCUCUUCGGAUUCGGCACGUCGGAGAAAUUCAGGUGACCAAACCGAGCGGGCGCCCCGAAUCCGUACGGUUGUCCGGACACGGAGAAUUUACGUCCGUCCGUGCACCGCCGACAGUAAGUACACACCUUUCAUGCUCGAGGUCAAUUCACAAGGGAUCUCCAUACCAUCAGAAAAUACAAAUGAUCCGUCAACAUUCCCGGACAGCCCAGUCAGCGGAGCCCAGGACUCCACCUCCAGACCGGGGCAAAUUCAUCCCCCGGUCAACACCGCAGUGGGAAACCGUCACAACGUAUCGACAUAA